AUGCUGACGCGUCGCAAGUCGUCGAUCGAGGGAGGCACCAAAUCGGAGCGGAGACGGCGCGGCGAGUCGAUCGGCGGCGCGUUCACCGACAUGAUCAACAUCGAGCCGACGAGCAUCAUCAACAAGUCGACAGGUUCGUCGAGUUCACGGUCUAUUUCUUGGCACCCCCCUUCCUGAACGCUACGAUCAGAAACUUGCGACGGCAGCGGCGGCGGAAAGAGCAGAAACGGAAAUAGAAUAAAACUCUCUCUCUCUCUCUCUCUCUCUUGCGUCGUCGCCCCCAAAUUGAACAUUGGUUAUUCCUUCUUCCAAAUGUGUGCGGCCAAACGAGGCGGCAAAAGUGCGCACCGACUUUUUCGCACUUUCCCAUGUUUUGUGUGCAGUCACUUCAAGAUUGACAAGUGUUGCAGAGCUGCUCCACGAGCGCUUCCUGCGUGAUAUGGUGCGUGCGGCGUGCCUCCUCUCGAUGAUCUCCGUCUGUCUGCACACGCCGGAAACGAUCCAGAUGUGGCCGCCGUUGACGUACGUGAUCCUCGCGAACGACCUCCUCGUCACCCUGAUCUUCAUCGUCGAGGCGGCCGUCACCGCCAACCAGAACGGUCUGCUCGACAACCCGAACUCGUAUUUGAGGGACCGCUGGUAUCAGUUCGAGUUUUUUCUCCUCAUCAAUCACAUUUUGUCGUGCGUGAUGCACGUCUACGAGUUGUGCUCCGUCUCGUUUCCCUCGCUCAAUCUUGUGGUGAGUUUGAAAGGGAUACUGUCUGAUUCGAGGCAUGUUUCCAGUACUAUCCAUGGCUCGGCGCUCUUCGUUCGCCCCGCCCAUUUGUGUUUCUUCGAUUCAUCCGGUCUAUCGUUCGAUUCAAACUUCCCAAGAAUCGCAUUAAACUUAUCAUGAAGUGAGUUUUUACCUGAUGACUUACUUUCUUGGCCCUCUGCAGACGUUCCUCGCAACAAAUCCAGAACGUCACCAUCUUCUUCAUGUUCUUCGUGUUCUCCUACGCAAUCAUGGGCGUCCAACUGUUCGGCCGCCUCAACUACCACUGCGUCGUCAACGGAACCGAUCCGAACAACGUGACGAUCGCCGACCUGGCGAUUCCGGACACGAUGUGCUCGCAGGCGGGCGCCGGCGGAUACGAGUGUCCGGGCAACAUGGUGUGCAUGCGGCUGCAGCUGAAACCCCAGGAAGAGGGCUUCUACGGACAGUUCAGCGACUUUGCCUCCUCGCUGUUCACCGUCUACUUGGCCGCCAGCCAGGAGGGAUGGGUCUACGUGCUCUACGACUGUCUCGACUCAUUGCCCAGCUUCCUGGCCUUCUUCUACUUUGUCACACUCAUCUUCUUUCUUGCCUGGCUUGUCAAGGUGCGCGAAAUUGUCCUUCCUUCCUGACUACAUUUCCGCCCUAUUCCAGAACGUUUUCAUCGCCGUCAUCACAGAAACGUUCGCCGAGAUUCGUGUUCAGUUUUCUGAAAUGUGGCAGACACGAGAGGCGACCUCCGAUCACGUGUACAUUCAAAAACUGGAGAAGGAUGAGGACGGCUGGAAGCUCGUCGAAGUGGACAAGUACAAUAGAGGCCACUCGAACAACUCGCUCUUCCUGCAUACGGUAGAUGCUCCUACAGUACCGCCCGCACUUUUCUUCUUGCAGAUAGUCACCUCGCUGGCGUUCCAGACGGUCAUGCAGCUGCUGAUUCUCGCCAACGCCAUCUUCCACGCCACUUUUGUGUACUAUCACGAUGCAUCGGAUCAGGUCAGGAAAAUUUGGUACUACUACGUGGAAGUCGGAUUUACGAUACUUUUCAACACGGAAGUGGCCAUCAAAAUAUUCUCAUUCGGCUGGAAGGCUUAUAUCGCACGCGGCCAGCACAAGUUCGACUGUAUUCUGUGUGUUGGUAAGUUUUGGGAGGGUCAGUGACCUACUUUCUACGUGAACCAGUCCUCCCAGCACCCCAACAAACGUCCGUCUUCCAGGAUCCUCACUCAACGCAAUCUGGUACCUGUACGAGACGAACAUCUUUACGUAUUUCCAAGUGUUCCGCAUCGCCCGCCUUAUCAAAGCCUCCCCGAUGCUCGAGGAUUUCGUCUACAAGAUCUUUGGACCCGGCAAGAAGUUGGGCGGCCUCGUCGUCUUCACCGGCAUCCUUCUGAUCGUCACCUCGGCCAUCUCGCUGCAGCUCUUCUGCUACGUGCCCAAACUCAACAAGUUCACCAACUUUGCAGUGGUAAGACGGUGCGGGGAGCCGCGUUCCGAUCAUGAAUUGUAUUCAGGCGUUCAUGUCAAUGUUCCAAAUCAUCACGCAGGAAGGCUGGACGGAUGUGGUCAUCGAGAUUUUGAGGGCGUGCAAUGAGCAGGCCGUGCCGUUCGUCGCCAUUUACUUUGUCGCCUAUCACUUGUUGGUUACACUCGUAAGUGAUCGACUUUCAUCACCAAUGCGCCCACUUUGGUUUGCAGUUCGUCCUCUCGCUGUUCGUCGCCGUCAUCCUCGAUAACCUGGAAAUGGACGAGGAACUCAAAAAAGUGAAACAGCUGAAGGCGCGCGAGCAGGACACGAUCAAAACGACGCUUCCGAUGCGUCUGCGCAUCUUUAACCGCUUCCCGACCGCGCCGACGAUGGUGACGAUGAAGAAGGUGUCGUCCGAGUUUCCGUUGCCCAAGAUCCGCGACUCGUUCACGCGCCAGUUCGCCGACGAAUUCGUCGAGACGAACGACGAUUUAAUUCAGGAGAUGGGCCUCAAGGUGCGUUCGAUGCUGUCCGGGAAGGGACCGUCGCGGGAAACCCGCGUGACGACGACGAUUCGGCACGUGGGACAGCUCAGCAACAAGACGAUUCUGACGUCGAUGCUGACCGAGUCGAACCGGAACCGCGCGCUCUUCUCGGAAUCGAAUCAGCAUUUGGCGAGUCUGGCACGCUCGAACACUUCGUCGAAACACGGAAAACACACGUUGAGCUUCAAUUCACGGUCCCGAACGCGCGGAUUGGCUUCGUUGAAGGGAAAGAACAUGGUGGAGGGGUUCAAGGAAAACGGGGAUUUGCGGCCGGAGGACACGGCGAGAAAGGUCGAGAAGCACGGCGAGAUCGACUUCAAGGCGUUGCAGAUGAAGAGGGCGCACGCGGAGAUCACGAGGUGAGAGUGUGUGGGGGAGAGAGCCUGAGAACAUUUGAACUUUCAGAAAUCGAAUCGAGGAGGAAAUGCGCGAGAAUCACCCGUUCUUCGACCGUCCGCUCUUCCUCGUCGGCCGCGAGUCUUCCCUUCGGCGCAUGUGCCAGAUGAUCGCCCAUUCUCGCCAUUCGUACGAUCAAAACGACGGCCAGCACCGGAAACAUUCGAACAAGUACAAACAGUUUCAGUGAGUACCGUACCACACCUUCUACAGUAAUCCGUUUACUGCGUGUUCAGCGACUUCCUCGCAAUUAUGACCUAUUUGGAUUGGGCGAUGGUUCUGGUGACCACGCUCUCGUGCUGCAGCAUGUUAUGGGAAUCGCCGUGGCCGACGACCGGCGAGAACUUGAUCUUCAAUAACUUCUACCUUCAAGUAUGGCGUUUUAGAGAAGCCAUUGCCACGGUCUCCAGAGCUGACAAUGGGCGCAAGUGCGCCCCGCCCAAUAGAGCGAUACAUUGGCGCGAAAUUCAAAUUUUAACAGCAAAAUUUGUGUUUUUUGCCAGAUUAGCCACGAAAAACCGAUAAUUUCUCAUUUGUCUCUCGAUAGACCGAUUGUAUAGGCUAUUACGAUUUUUUUAAGCGCAAGAGCGUUGAAUUUGGUCAAGUCGCAAAUCACAUUUAUCCGUUUGAAGGUUUUUGGCUAAAACUGCGUGAAUUUCAGUUGCUUUUCGGUAGUUUUUGCGGUUCGAGCGCUCAAAAUGCUUGUAUUUACGUGAUUUAUCAUUCUCAAAACCAAUUCUGUCUGAAAACGGUCAAGAAAGCGCAAAAUGAGAAGUGCGGUUUUGAGGGGGCGAUCGGCGGCGAAGGCGAAAAAGCAAAGUCCGCGAAAAAUGCGCCGAAACGUCAUUAAUUAUGAGAAUAAGUGUGUUUUCAUGUCGAACAAUCAUUUUUCAUCGCCUUUGACCACAAAAAUCAGACAAAACCUGCUCAAUUCAUGAAAACGCCAUUUGGCCGCCGAGACCACGCCCAUAUUGUCAGCUCUGGAGACCGUGAUUGCAUAAUAAGGUUUUGCAGAUUGCCGAGUACAUAUUCGUGCUCGUAAUGAGCUUCGAGCUCUGCGUCAAAUGCAUCGCCAACGGCCUCUUCUUCACUCCAAAAGCGCUCGUCACCGACGUCGGCGACAUUCUCACCAUCUUCAUCUAUAUUGUAGGUCCCCCCCCCCCCUCCAAAAGUUCUAGACGUCCUUCUACAUAUUCCUCGCUUACAGACGAGUCUGAUGUUCCUCAUCUGGAUGCCCGAUCACAUUGAGAUCAACAGUUGGGCACAGCUUCUGAUGAUCUGCCGAGCGAUGCGACCCCUUCGGGUUUACGCGUUGAUUCCGCACAUCAGAAGAGUCGUCGUCGAGUUGUGCCGCGGAUUCCGUGAGAUUUUGUUGGUGACCAUCCUCCUCGUCGUGCUCAUGUUCAUUUUCGCGUCGUUCGGAGUGCAGCUGGUCGGCGGGAAGCUCGCCUCGUGCAACGAUCCGAUGAUAACCGCCCGCGAGAACUGCACGGGACUCUACGAAGUGAAAUUGUUCGUGACGCGGAUGGAAGUGUUCGGAAAGCACGACAACGCGAUGCAUCCGUCGAUCAUCGUGCCGCGAGUGUGGACGAAUCCACGCAACUUCAACUUUGAUCACAUCGGCAACGCAAUGCUGGCGCUUUUCGAGACGCUCUCCUACAAAGGAUGGAAUGUCGUCAGGGACAUUUUGUACAUUCGACAUGGAGCCGUAAGUGUGAACCCCCCACAACAAAUCGAAUACAAGUAGCGUAUCUGUUUCAGUGGGCGGUGCUGUUCAUCCACAUCUACGUCUUCAUCGGCUGCAUGAUCGGACUCACCCUUUUCGUCGGAGUCGUCGUCGCCAACUACACGGAGAACCGCGGAACGGCGCUGCUGACGGUCGACCAGCGCCGUUGGCACGACCUAAAAGCCCGUCUGAAGAUGGCCCAGCCGUUGCACGUGCCGCCGAAACCGCCGGAAAGCGCCAAACUCCGCUGCUACCUGUACGAUCUGACGACGAGCCGCUGGUUCAAACAGUUGUUCGCCGCACUCGUCGUGCUCAACUCGUUCACCCUCGUGAUCCCGUGGAAUGUCAGUGAGGAGCAAGAUCGGAAGACGUUCCUGCUCAGCCUGACGGUCAUCUCGGCAGUCUGCAAUGUCUUGUUCACUUUGGAGUGUCUUCUGAAAAUGAUCGCAUUCACGAUCGCCGGGUUUUGGCAGUCGCGUCGGAACAGGAUCGAUUUCAUUAUCACCAUUUUGGGCAUCAACUGGAUCGUUUUCCAUUUCCUUUUUCAGUGUGAGUAGAUUCGAUUAGCCUCAAUAAUUUCUUUUAAAAAACACGUUUAAGUGCCCGCCUACUUCGCCGGCGGCAUCUCCGAAUGGAAGCGUCUAACCUACACGUACGGCUACCUCGUCGUCAUCCUCCGAUUCUUCACGAUCGCCGGCCGCAAGUCCACGCUCAAAAUGCUGAUGCUCACCGUCGUCAUGUCGAUGGUCCGCUCCUCGUUCAUCAUCGCCGCCAUGUUUCUGCUCGUGCUGUUCUACGCGAACGCCGGCGUCGUCCUGUUCGGAAUGGUCAAGUACGGACAGGCGGUCGGCAAGUGAGUGCUCUUUCGGCUCAGAACUGCAACGUGUUGUGGUCUUCAGACAUGUCAACUUUCGAAAUGGCCGUGAAGCGCUCGUCGUGUUGUUUCGGUCGGUGACGGGCGAGGAUUGGAAUGAUAUUAUGCACGAUUGUAUGAGAGCUCCGCCGUUUUGCAACUGGCAUCCGGGACUCAGCUACUGGCAAACCGAUUGCGGAAACUAUUUCGGAGCAAUUGUCUACUUUUGCUCUUUCUACCUCAUCAUCACCUAUAUUGUGCUCAAUCUUCUUGUCGGUGAGUUCUAGUUUCGUGAAUUUAAUCUCCUGAAACUUGAGCUUAAAAUCUUCAGCCAUCAUCAUGGAGAACUUCUCGCUGUUCUACUCAUCAGAAGAGGACGCCCUUCUCUCGUACGCCGACAUCCGCAACUUCCAACUCGUCUGGAAUAUGGUCGACACCGAACAGAAGCGAUCGAUUCCGGUGCGAAGGGUGAAGUUUCUGCUGAGAUUGUUGAAAGGGCGGCUCGAAGUGGACGACGAGAAGGACGGACUGCUGUUCAAGCACAUGUGUCACGAGAUGGAACGGCUGCACAACGGCGACGACGUCUCGUUCCACGACGUCCUCAAGUGAGAAGUUAUCGUGACCGACAAUUUCUAAAAUCCCGCCGUUUCAGCAUGCUCUCCUACCGAAGCGUCGACAUCCGCAAGAGCUUGCAACUCGAGGAAUUGCUCCAAAGGGAAGAGCUCGAGUACGUGAUCGAGGAGGAAGUGGCGAAGCACACGAUACGCACGUGGCUCGAGAAUUGUCUGAAGAACAUCAAGGCCAAACAGAAUAAUGUAUACUCCAUUUUCCCCGAUCUUAAUGAGCAUUCGAUUGCAGACUGUCGGAAAGAUGAGCUCAAUCGGUUCGACGUUCCAAUUUCCGCAAUCGGCAGAGAAUGUGCUCGCGAAGGGAAUGGUGCUCACCGAGCCGUCGCCAGAAGAAGAGGCUCAAGGCGAUAAGAGCAUCGGAAGCGGGAAGAAGAAGACGCAGAGAGGCAACUCUAUUACGGAGGUAUGACCCGUUACGGGAUCACACAAAAACCGCAACUGCUUUCAGAUCGUGCAAGAAUCGCAGAAGAAGAGUGUGAAACGAGGAGCGGACAAGAUAAAAGAACGUCGCGGAACACUUCGUCAGAUGCAAAUGGGCACGUACGACGAGCUGGAAGAGGUGGAAGAGGACGAGGAUACGGACGGGGACCGCGACCUUCGGCGGCCCUCGUUCGACUAUCCGCCGCACCACGGAGACAGCCUGAAGCAGCUCGAGGACGUGAAAACGUGGUGGACUCUGUGCGAUUAG